AUGGCCACGCCCAAAAAGACCCUGUGGGGCCGACGACAUGUUCCAGGUGACGCGUGCAGCCCGCCGCGUAGCACUUGGCCUUCGCCCGAAGGCCCCGAAGGACGGCACCGAAGCUGCGCCGACCGACCGCCGUCGGCCUCCGCUCCGCGCUGGGUGCGGCGGCUGCCACCGAGUGCGCAGGGCCGGCUCAGUGCCUGCAGCUCCUCCAAUGAGGCGUUGAAGGUCUUGGAAGAGGUGGUGGAGCUGAAGCCUGGGCAGGAGGCACCACGACCCGAGGAGGCAUCCUACGAAGAAGUUGCGGCAGCGCUGGCGCUUCUUCAACAGGCAAAGGAGAAGGUCGCACGCCUCGAGGCCCAACGGGAUGAACGACGGAAACAGUCCUCUGCUGAGGCAGCAAGCCUCCGAAAGCGGCGCGAGAAGGAGCGGCGAAGCUCCUUGCGGCAGCUGCUCUUGCGACUGGCACCGCCUGGAUCGGCCUUUGCGAAGCCGCGAGGCGCGUGGCCUUCCAGCGGCCCUCUCGCAUCGCCCAGGAGCAAGGUCGAGGCGCGUACUCCUUUGGGCGCCUGGGAGGAUAAGCAUGAAGGGAUGGGAGAAGAGGAGAAGAGAGGAUCUUGCUGGGGUCUUUGGGGCUCCCCGUGUCCGAAAGAGGAUCCCUUUUCGGACCACAGCAGAGAUCACUCCAUCGGUGGCCACGUCACGGCGGUUUGGAACGCGGAGGGGGAGGGCGAUGAUGAGAUGAUGGUGGCAGCCAAGAAGGCCGAAUGGAACGCAUGCCUCGCUAAGAGCGGAGGCUUCCCAGGGAAGUGCGAGAAGUUGGAGAAGGAUCUCCGCGGCGCCUCCAAGGCGGAAGGCGUGGAUAGCUGUGUGGAUGAGACCAUCGCCCUGAUGCGCUGCACCACCAGCGGCGCCCGCAGCAAGGGCUGCGCUGCGCAGUUCCUGGCGAUGCGAGAGUGCAACCGCUCGGGCGGCCGCAACUUGCUGCCAGAGGGCGGAGGCUACGCCGUGGCGCCCGGCAAGGCGUCGCUCUUCAUGGCACAGGCGGGCUCCUUGACACAGUCGGCCCCGCCGACGCGCAGCCUGGAAGGCAUGCAGGAGUUUGGACAAGAGUAUGCCAAGUCCCUUGGGGUGAACGAGGUUCGCUUCUGA